AUGCUCUCAAAGGUUCUCGCGGCGAAUGGUUGCGGCGCGAGGCCGGGUUUUCCAGACCCCAGAGCAUCUCCACCAGCCUCACCAGCGUCGCUUGGAACCCCGGAUACGGACAUCAGCCAGGCCCGACUCUCAUCCCAACCGAAUCCCACUACAAUAAUAUCCGGGCAAGCUUCAGAAGACCAUCCGUCCUCGCAAUAUCGGCAAAACCAGAUCUCUCCUCCUGUCGUCGACCGGGCUGACAGGGCUUCUUCAACCUCACGUCUUACUCAGCUACCCAUCGUUGCCCAAGGCCUGCCUGAAUCACCUCCAUUUCCUCAUCAAAUACAGCCGGACCACAUCUCGCCCAGAAACUGGCCCGACACCUGGCCGGUCUUGCCCCCCCUGGCAGAGCUCCGCCAUGGAUCUGUUCUUGGCCGAUGGCAGUACGCGGCCAAGUCGAUCGAUAGGUGUUUUUCGUCAAGCCUGAUAGCCCAGCCCUCCGACGAGGCGGCCCCCUCGCAUCCAUCAGUCAGACUCUUCUACCUGGCCGUCCAUGCCGCGCGAGUUCUCGGAGACGCGCUGGCGGAAAUCGUAGAACGAGUCGCGCUCUUGCACCUCGCCGUUUUUAUCCACCGGCUCUUCCCCGCCAUCGCCCGGGACCCGUUGGCCUCCCGGUUUCCGGCAUCGCCGUGA